AUGGAGAGGCAGAGGCAUUUUGUGCUAGUCCAUGGAGCCUGUCACGGAGCAUGGUGUUGGUAUAAGGUGGCAACUUUGCUUAAAUCAGCUGGUCACCGAGUUACAGCUCUGGACAUGGCUGCUUCUGGGGUCCACCCUAAGCGGGUAGACGAGCUCCAAUCGAUCUCAGACUAUUUUGAGCCAUUGAUGAAAUUCAUGGAAUCUUUGGUACCAGAAGAAAGGGUGAUUCUAGUGGGUCACAGCAUGGGUGGACUAUGUAUAUCUGUUGCAAUGGAAAGGUUCCCUGAGAAAAUUUCUUCUGCAGUCUUUGCAGCAGCUAUCAUGCCAGGUCCUGACUUCAGCUUCACAUCUGCAAGUGAAGAGUAUGCCAGACGAGUAGGUUCCUUCAUGGACUCGCAAUAUGUGUUUGAUAAUGGGCCCAACAAUCCUCCAACGUCCUUGUUGUUUGGGCCCGACUGCAUGGCAACCCAGUUGUAUCAUCUCUCCCCUACUGAGGAUCUUACGCUAGCAAUGUUGCUGCUGCGACCUCACCCUUUGUUUAGUGACGAGGCAACUCAAAAAAAAGUGGGGGUUACGAAGGAGAAAUAUGGAUCCAUUCCUCGAGCUUAUAUCGUGUGUGAUGAAGAUGUCAUAAUAAAGGAAGCUUUACAGAGAUGGAUGAUUGAAAAUAAUCCACCUGAUGAAGUAAUGGUUGUCCCUGGUUCUGAUCACAUGCUCAUGUUUUCUAGACCUCAAGAGACGUGCUCUUGCCUCCUGGAGAUUGCCAAGAAAUACUUCUGA